AUGGUCCUGAGAAGCGCGCAUAGGUUAGAAUCGAGUUGUGCAAGUUGGGCAGCCUGGGGAGAUCUGUUCGUUAAAGACAAGGGCGGUAAAGGCAGGGGCGGAUGGGCGCCGCUGCUAUAUGCGGCGGAGAAGGGGUAUGAGGAAGUUGUGCGGAAGAAGCUCCUCGAGAGGGGCGCUGCGGUUGAUGCGAAGGAUAACGACGGACGGAUGCCGCUGUCGCGGGCCGUCGAGGAGGGCCACGAGGCCAUUGUCAAGCUACUGCUCGAUACAGGCAAGGUCGAUGUCGAAGCGAAGGAUCGCGACGGACGGACGGCGCUGUCGUGGGACGCCCUCUACGGCCACGAGGCCGUUGUCAAGCUACUGAGGUCUAUAAAGUAGGGUGUUGAAUUCCAUAUGUUCCGUCAUAGCGUGGCACAGGAGAGGUCUGGGGGACGGUGCGAUUAUAUAGCUAUUUCUCCUUCUAAUGCCUUCCUGCGUUUAGCGGGCGCUUUAUCAAUAAG